UCGGGUGGGUAUAUGAUGCAAUGCCCAGGUGACAAACCCACACACACGCUGCCAGACUCUCGACAGGCAUGGACCGACACGCCCUGCUGUUUGUUCUGCUGGUGUGCAGCGCCUUGCUGGCCACCACCGCCGAGGCCUCGCCGGUGCCUGGGCCUGAGCCUGAGCCCCGGCGCGGUUCCUACACAAGACCAAGACCCCGACCCCGACCCUACUUCCCGCCACGCUGCGUGUGUGUCAAGGCUCCCUGUUACUGCUGACCUCCUCCACCGUUACCUGACCUUCGCCAUGCCCGCACGAACACCGCCAACGGACCACGGACCACGGACACGGAAAACUCUCACUCUUAUUCUUUCAUAGUAUUUACUCCUCAAUAAAGGCAUGCAAAUUUCCUGU